CAGGACAAAAGGCAGAUGAAAAAGGAGUGGAGAAUAGAACACAAGAUAGUAGAGAAGGUAUGAAAAAGAGAGUGAAAAAGAGAAGGAUCAAAAGGAUCGGUAUAUUCAUUUUCUUCGGUGUCAAGAACACAAAUUGAAAAAAUAACCCAGCAAGGUAGUCCAAAAGACUUAUUUCCAUUGGGGUCUUGUUUGUUGAAUUGAUUAUAAUGAGAGCAAUAGUACAAAAAAAAAACUAAAAAAAACACUAGACUGUUAUACAGAUAUGACAAUGAAAAGGAGUUCUGACUGUAAUAAUUUGUAUUCAAUACAUAACAAUUUACUAUUGAAUAGUGCUCAGUCUCUGCUUUCACAGAGUCAUGGUUGGUUGAUAGCAUUCACAAAGAAACACAAAUACCAAAAUCACAUGACUAAGGUACAAUAAACCCUUGAAAAACACCCAUUUCCUGAUUGGAGACACUUCACAUAUGCACCUCACUGAAAAAUCAACCGAAGAAUUUUAAGGAUUUUAUAUCAAGAUGGCUACCAAAAUCAAUGAUGAUGCUUUGAGAGAGAUGUUGUCAGUUAUUUCAAAAUGGUAUGAUCAACAUGAAUACACAAAUAUGCUGAAAGUAUUGUACAGAGAUCUUUUGAAAGAUAAUUAUAAGUUGAAUAAGGCUACAAGGGUGAUGGAAUUAAUGGAUAUGCUAACUGCUUCUGGACAUAUUAAUCUCAAUGUUCUCUAUGAUACCAUAAACAUAACAGAGCAAAGAGGGAUCAAAGAUAUACUGCCAGUAUUUCAAAAUGUUGAAGAUGUAGAAAUCUCGAAAUUCACACAUCACAGACAAAAAAUUAUGAAGCUUGGAAUGGUACUGAUUGAUGAAGAUGUCAAAAAGAUCAGUGGAUUGUAUAAUAAACCAGUAAAGGAAUAUGCAGACACAUGGAGUUUGAUUAUGGAUCUGGAGCACAACAGGGUAAUUUGUGAAGGAAAAAUGGAAGCCUUCAUUGACAAAUUGGAUACCCUUAACCUCCAACAUGCUGUGGAAGCUUUAAAAGAAG